AGUCAGUGAUGUAUUUCGACAACUGGAAGAUACAUCCUUCUCAGAAAGAAAGACAUCAACUGGUGAGGGGAGUGUAGUUAAGAGAGAAAGACAUCAACUGGUGAGGGGAGUGUAGUUAAGAGAGAAAGACAUCAACUGGUGAGGGGAGUGUAGUUAAGAGAGAAAGACAUCAACUGGUGAGGGGAGUGUAGUUAAGAGAGAAAGACAUCAACUGGUGAGGGGAGUGUAGUUAAGAGAGAAAGACAUCAACUGGUGAGGGGAGUGUAGUUAAGAGAGAAAGACAUCAACUGGUGAGGGGAGUGUAGUUAAGAGAGAAAGACAUCAACUGGUGAGGGGAGUGUAGUUAAGAGAGAAAGACAUCAACUGGUGAGGGGAGUGUAGUUAAGAGAGAAAGACAUCAACUGGUGAGGGGAGUGUAGUUAAGAGAGAAAGACAUCAACUGGUGAGGGGAGUGUAGUUAAGAGAGAAAGACAUCAACUGGUGAGGGGACUGUAGUUAAAGAUGAGGGGAUAUUUAGCCUCAUAACUGUCGAGUGCAUUUACGGUAGUGUCGUCAAAAUUGACAAAAUACCAUACUAAAUAAAUUCAGAGACCCUUACAAGUACUGGGUAUACAUUUUCUGACGUUACAUUGGAAAAGAAUUUGUUUUUAUAUUAUGUAUGUUGAUUUUGACCUCGACCUUUACAGAGUGAGUAAAAUUUUACUACUCAAAUUCUGCAUUCAACCCAACCUAAUACUCCAUAAAUAGUUCAAACUAUCAUAAAAUCAAGUUUUUUUGAGGGACUAGUAGCAAUAUUAUUUCAAAAAUGUGAAUUUAUGGGUACUUAUAUUGAAAAUGUUAAUAGUGGUGAAUUUUGUUUCAUUCACUACCUUCAAAUGUCUGUCAUACAAAAUACUAGUGGGGGCACUAAAUGAGUGCAAAAAUUCCUUUUCAGAUGAAGUCUUUAAAUCCAUUUUUUUAAAAUUAAUUAAUACUCCAGUACAUACACAAACAUAAAUUAUGUCUUUGAAUAUAUUUAGAGUAGGUCUUUGGGAUCCAAUCUUUGUCUUUUCUUUUGGAUUUCCACCCUUACCCAAAUGAAUUUGCUCAUAACACUACGACUAAGCUUAGGGCUAAAAUUGUCAAUAUCUGACUCUUAUGUCAACAUCACCCUCUCAGCAUCACACAAUAUUGAGGUUUAAAAAAAUUUAGCCACGUUAACACCGAUUAAUCUCACAAAGUAGCCCUAAUAAAUGCAUUUUUACACAAACACAUAGAAACAUAAAGAUGAAGCAAACUCAUUCAUAUAGAGAAAUUUCCCCUUAACUAAUAUACAAUAUCCAAUUUGUGGUAGUUUAUUUUAGUUAAACUGAAGAAUUAAGUUUACAAACAUAUAGUCCAUUCAAUUAUCUUUCAUUUGAUACCUCAUUUUGUCUUACAAACCCAACAAUAAAAUUUUAAAUAGUUUUUUAAUCUCAACCUCUCACUUCUGGUUCCUGAGUACGAAUAGCCACUUCAUUUCAGUAAUAAGUUUCCUUAUACUUAUACUUACUUCUUUUGCUUCAAAUUCAGUAGUUUUAAGUUCCAUUCAUUUUUAGGAAAUAAUAUUAUUAUCUUAUAUUUUGAUGAAUAACUUGAACAGUGCAGUAGACUUAGAAUUGAGUUACUCAGGAGUCUGUGUCUAGUUUGUUCAUAUUUUUCCUUCAUUUAUUUUAAAGUUGAAGUUAACCUGUCCAACUCUGAUAAGGGUGAACUUAGUUGCACAACACAGUUUAAAUAUGGAUCUACAAAAAAACAGAUCUAUCAUUAUUAAAAUGAAAUUCUCAUUGAAGGCACUGUCAAAUAAAUUUUUAACACUAUGUGGGAGAGGAGUUUUCAUUAUUACAUUAGCAGCUUUUUUAAAACCUAUCCAUGGUGCAUGGUGUUGUUUUACUUGAACUAGGAGUCUACUGGGUAGUUUUAGCAGGUGGGGUGAAUAAAUUAAACCAUUGUUAGAUAAAGCAACAACAAUGAAUAUGAAUUAUUGACAUAUAAUUCCUGUUAGAUAUAAUGUACAUCUAUGAAAUGUAACUUACCUAUUGACUUAACCAUCCAGUACAGCGGUUCUCAACCUGUGGGUCGUGACCCCUUGGGGAUCAAAUGACCCUUUUCCAGGGGUCGGCUAAGAUCAACGGAAAACACAUAUACUCAUCAGUUAUGAAGUAGCAUCAAAAAGUUAUUUUGUGGUUGGGGGUCGGCACAACAUGAGGAACUGUAUUAAAGGGUCGCGGCGUUAGGAAGGUUGAGAAAAACUGAUCCAAUAGUUUCUUUAGUCCGAUAAGUCUGAUUGGAUUGAUAUUUACUUGCCAUCUAAUGAUCUAUUUUUCUGAUGCAGCCCAUGAUGUACAUUGCCACAACAUUGAGAGCCAAAAUGCACCAGUCGGCAUACUGUUACAGCUGAGGCCCAACACCACAGCUGGCCAGCAGGACCAACAUCAGAGAAACUACAAUCAGUCACUGUCACCCUCUCCCAGCAAUCCUCAUGUAAAUCCUGCAGACGGAGGUGGACAUGGCAACAAACUGGAACCCAUUUUGAAAAAAAAAUCCCCCGUCGUCACCAUGGUUCCGUCGGAUGGUCACGGCCUGGUGGGGAGGGAUCAGAGUGUCACCUCUUAUGCCUCUGUUAAUCCAAAAGAAAAGUGUGGUGUGCCAGUUGAGCCACAUCAAUGGGUUUCCAAACAAGUUCUUGUUUGUAAAAGCAGCCCUGAACUCAAGGACACUAGAGGUUUACUUGAUCCCCCACCGAUUUCUAGUUCAGAAUGUUCACAGAGUGACCAUGUCUAUCUGGCUUCAGACCGUCAGUCUACAGGAAAUUUAGCUUCAAUGACCAAUUCUCAGGAAGAGAUCUCUCUACAGUUUUCUCCUAAUCGACAGCGUAACAAAGAAAAGCUAUCGCAUGCUUGUCCUAAAGCGAAGAUCUUGUCCAACUUUACUUUAGGCCUGACCUCUCCCCAGGUGAUAGACUAUCAGAGCUGGCUGCUAGGUAAUAUCCCAUUUGAAAAACGAAGAUGCGCCAGGGGGGCAAGGGACCGCAAGACAAGCACCACUGGAUCCCACAAUUGUGAGCACAAUAAGACAAUCUUGGCUGGAUCGAGUGUGGCUUUCAGCAGUAGUGAUGGUGACAGCAGGUGUGGCCAAACCAAAAGGAAGUCCACUGGCAACACUGAUGGCAUGAAAACGAAGAGGCAAACAGCGAGUGGGGUGACGAGUGCAGAGAGCUCAGAUGUCAUGAAGGACAAUCAGAAGACAAAAUGUUUGGAUGCUGCUACGCCAGACCCCAACAAGCUAGUAGAUCGUGUCCCCUUACCUGACAGAAAAUUCAACCUAAACAAAGUUAAUGGUGAGAAACAGAAAAAGACAGAAAAAGACUUGAACGAGGCUGAAGUCUUGCAGUCAGAUCUCCAAAAGUGUUUCUUUGAUCACAUGGCCAAGCUAGAGCAGUGCAAGUUUGUGAUUGAUCACGCCAAUGGUCAAAUCUACCCAGCCACACCAUCAGGGCUGCAGAUAGCUGGCAGAAAGAAACGUUCAGCAGGCAAGUCUAAUAAGAAAAACCAGAAGAUGAUGCUUGAUUCAUAUGCGCUUUGGAAAUCUCAAUGCUUUAAAUUGGUGGACACUCACACUCAAACAAGAACCCCUUUGCCUAUCAUUGCCGAGCGCGAGAUGCCAAAACAAAGGGCACCCAAAUCUCCCUUGCCUCUAAAUGUUGAGCUGGAGAUUCCCAAACAAAGAGGCCCUAAAAAAAAGCUCAGGAAAUCAUCAGUUCCUAAAUCAAGAAACAGAGGAAGUAAGCUGCACAAAGUGGAGAAGUGUGAUGACCUGGUGAAGAAGAUUUCAUCACGUAUAUCCAGCUCUCUGGAUAAAAGUUAUCCAAUCUAUUCAUCUUCAUGUUCUAACAAAUAUUCUGCUCAGGUAAGAAAGAAAAAGAAACUCCUUUAUCACAUCAGGUCGCCUCCAACUGCAACCAAUGAGAAACAUUCAUGUCUUGGAGAUUCAUCUGGGCUGCGUCCUAAGAAGCUAAAGAAGUCAGAAAAAUCAAAGAAAAGUAAAAGGCCCCAAGAGUCAGACAAUAGUAGGCAAAUCUUAAAAAAGUCCAGCUCUAGUUUGUUUGUGCCCAUUGCUAAAGCCCCCAAACAGCUGUGUGUCAGCAGUAGCUCAUGUCUAGAUCAAAAGUUAUCUGUUGACAAUGUGCCACCAGCAGACACGAAGAGACGUCAGUCUAGGGAUAAGAACCAAGGGGAGACAAAACAAACCUGCAGAUUCAAACAAACAUCCAAGCAUGGGGUCUGUAAGGAAGGCUUGACCAAAAAACGGAGAAAAAUUUUAGUCAACCCUGCUAAGAAAACAAAGAAAGCUCACGAGAAAAACCAAGGUCUGACAAAUACCUCAAAAUCUGUGAUUUCGGUGGGAGGUCGCUCAAAACUCAGCAGGAACACGAGACCUCGGUCACCAUCUUCUACUCAUGGGACAAUCCUGAUGCACUUGGCCCAGGGGAAAAAAAGUCCACCCAGAAUCCAACUGCAUUCAGAACCCACUGCCAUUAAGGUCUCCAGCCCACCUCCCCUUGGACAAAGUGUUUCACCAUGUCGUCUAAAGAGAAGCAGUACCUCACCAUGUGUGUCUAGGAGGACUGUCAUAAAAAAAGUAUAUACAAGAUGCUCUGAAGGAGACUUAGCUCCCGCUAUGUCAAACAGUCCAUUUCUUCUCCUCUCAAGGUCAUCAGGUAUGACCGCAUCCCCCAUCUGGAAUAAAGAUCAAAGUGUCUCUCCAUCCAUCAACAGCAAGAGAAAUGAUUCUUCAUUUCAACAGAGAAAGAAUGAUCCAGCCAACUCUCUGAGUGAGACAAAGAAUAACUCCAUUGUGCAAAAGCAGCAUGCCAUCGGUUCACCAUCAGCUUCAAGGCUCACCACUGGUCCAUCUUCUGGGUUAAACAAAUUGAAUGAAACUACAACGUCUUGGUCUGGUACAUCACCCUCAAAAGUGCAUGGGAAAUUGGCAGAGCAUAAAGGAUUAAAUGCAACACCCUUAAAUUCAAAACCAAGAAGUAACUCACCGUCCCUCUCAAGGGCAUCAAUGGUUUUACCAUCAACACAUAAAAACACUGUAGGCAGUGUGUCACCUUCUAAACAGUUAGGAGGGACUAUGCCUCCUUUUAUACUGACCAGAGGGAGCAUAUCACCUUCUAAACAGACAGACAGGAGCUUGUCACCAGCUAAGAAGACAGGAGGGAGUAUAUCACCUUUCAAACAGGUUGGAGGGGUAGUAUUGCCUUCAUGGAAAAGCAGAAAGCUGUCGCCGAAAAUAAUAAUAAGAAAAAAUAUCCCAAGUUCAGUCUCUGGAAUGAGUGGAUCCUCUUUGUCCCCCAAUAUCAGACCGGGUUCGCUGUCACCUAAGAAAAUCAGGCCCAACUCCAAUGUAAGAAAAAAGCUCAGAUCUCCAUCACAGAGUAAAGACAGGCAUUCAGCCACACACAGCCCUAAGAAAGUUCUUGGAAAAACUAAAAGAGCACAGGAUCUGAGAACAGGAUCAAGCACUUCAACUACAACGGAUCAUUUUCCAGACACCAAGCAAGCUGUCCGCAGGAAAAAACACGGCCUCCCCACGUUUCCCAAUAAAUUUCUGGGGUUCAACAAGAUGAAACCAGAUUUCGGUGGUGGAGACCAGCCGAUGAGCAGUGGCGGGGGCUUCAGUUCAUCCUACUCGACCACUCGAAGCAUCAACUGUCGCAAGAUGAGCAGGAGCAAGACAAGGAACCUGUUCUCAUCUUUUCAACAGAGAAUGAACAACAUCAACUAUGUCCGCAUGGACAACUACAUCAUUCCUCUACGCAACUUUGCGUGGAACUCUGCCAUCGGGGAUUUGAAUGCAGAGAGAGCAUUGAAGAAAGAUGGCAAUGCGACCGGAAGCAGACUGCAGUAUGGGCUGCUGUUUGUGGUGAUAUUCAUCCAAUGUCUCUUACAUUACUUUGUGUCACGGAAGUAGAUGUAUCUCUAUGGAGAUUUGUUAGGAACAUGACAUUUCUGUCAUUGACAUCUGUAGAGAAGGACAUCCACGUCUUUG